AUGUUGGAGCGCAUAACCAACUUCAUGUGUCACCCCGAGAUGCUUCUCCCAAUUCCCGACAUCAACGACCCCGUCGAGAGGUUCGUUUCCGUUGUCAAGUUCUAUCUGAGCGGCUGGCAUAUCCGCCCUCCCGGAGUCAAGAAACCCCUCAACCCAAUUCUUGGCGAGAUCUUCACCUGCUACUGGGACCUGCCCGAUAAGACGAAGGCCUACUAUAUCUCCGAACAGACAUCUCAUCAUCCCCCCAAGUCAAGCUACUUUUACAUGGUACCAGAACAUCACAUUCGCGUCGACGGCACUCUGAAGCCGCGAAGCAAAUUCUUGGGCAACUCGGCGGCAAGUCUGAUGGAGGGCACGGCAAUUCUUACUCUCCUUAAUAGGGGCAAGGACAAACAAAAGGGGGAACGAUACAUAUUGACGCAACCAAAUAUGUAUGCGCGAGGUAUCUUGUUCGGCAAAAUGAAGUAUGAGCUGGGAGACCACAGUUUCGUUCGAUGCCCCGAGCUUGGAUUGGUCGCCGACAUCGAAUUCAAGACAAAGGGAUGGGUCGGGGGUACUUACAAUGCCAUCGGCGGCAGCAUCAGGAAUGAGAACACCGGCGAUAUAUUGUACGAGCUCUCGGGUCUGUGGAGCGAUGAGAUGUACAUCAAGAAUUUAAAGACUGGUCACAAGGAUAUGUUUUUUAAUGCGCUCCGUUCGAAGCCCUCACCCCCGUCUGUGCGGCCGAUAGAGGAGCAAGAGGAGAGGGAGUCGCAACGACUCUGGCAGAAGACCGCACAAGCCGUCAAGGACCGUAAUCACGAACUGGCAACUGAUGAGAAGACCAAAAUCGAAGACAUGCAACGAGACGAGGCCGCCAAGAGAGCUCAGGAGGGUGUUGAAUGGCAUCCUCGCCUGUUCAGGAGGGUCAAGGGCGGUCCGGGCGGGGCCGAUGAGGGCGAAGAGGAUCUCGAGUGGAUCAUAAAUGCACACAUGUAA